CAUACCUACGGCCGAGACAUGACUGGCCAGGGUGAUCCGGUGAUCGGCCGCGAUGACGAGAUCGACCGUGUCAUCGACAUCCUCUGCCGUCGUACCAAGAACUGCGCCGCGCUCGUUGGCGCGGCUGGAGUCGGCAAGACGGCCAUUGCCGAGGGCCUCGCCCAGCGCAUCGCCUCCGGAAGGGUUCCCGCUGCGCUCCUCGGGGCACGCGUCGUGGAGGUCGACCUUGGGGCCAUGGUGGCCGGUACCACCCUUCGUGGCAUGUUCGAGGAACGCAUGAAGAACAUGAUAAACCAGGCGGAGGCAUCCAACGGCAAAGUGAUACUAUUCAUAGAUGAGAUGCACAUACUCUAUUCCGCCGGCAGCACUCUACAGAAGUGCACGACCGCCUCCAACAUGCUAAAGCCAGCGUUGGCCCGUGGACGAAUCCGUUGCGUGGGAGCCACGACUUUUGACGAGUACCGCCAAUACAUCGAGAAGGACCCUGCGCUCGAGCGACGGUUUCAGAAAGUGCAGGUGGAGGAGCCGACCACCGAAGCAACCAUUGCCAUCUUGCGGGGGCUAAAGCAGCGGUUCCAAGGCCACCAUGGACUGGAAAUCCAGGAUGCCGCUCUUGUUGCUGCUGCGCACCUCGGCUCCAGAUAUAUCACUGGUCGCCAAUUUCCAGAUAAGGCAAUUGAUUUGAUUGAUGAGGCAUGUACUACCAUAGCUAGAAAGAUGGCUCAGAUUGGCAAUGAGAACAUUACUCAAAUUAGUAGGCUGACAGAUAGUGUGGAAAGAAACUUGGAAAUUAGUUCUACAAGUAGAGACCAAAAAGCAAUUAUUAACCCAAACCACGUUGCACAAGUAGUGAGUCGAUGGACUGGAAUUCCUAUUGCUACGCUCCACGAGGAGGAGAAGGACAAGUUACUUCAGUUAAGGGACAGGUUGCAUGAGCGAGUUGUUGGUCAGGAUGAAGCCGUCAAUUUGGUUGCGCAGGCUGUGUUGCGUUCUAGGGCGGGUCUUGAUCAACCUAGCCAACCGAUAGGGUCUUUCCUAUUUUUGGGCCCGUCUGGUGUUGGGAAGACAGAGCUUGCAAAAGCUCUCGCGGAACAGUUAUUUGACAACGAAAAGAUGCUUGUUAGGGUUGACAUGUCUGAAUAUAAUAGUGUUGGUUCAAUUACGCGUCUCGUUGGAGCUCCUCCAAGCUAUAUUGGAUAUGAAGACGGCGGACAAUUGACAGAAAAAGUGAGAAGGCAUCCAUACAGCAUCGUCCUUUUUGAUGAGGUGGAGAAGGCACAUUCCUCCGUGUCUAAUAUUUUUCUUCAAAUUCUUGAUGAUGGUAUACUGACGGAUGGCAAAGGAAGAACUGUAGAUUUUAAAAAUACCAUCGUCAUUAUGACAUCAAAUCUAGGAUCAAAACACCUAACGCAAUUACCAGGAGAAAUAUCCCUAGAAGUUGCACGAAAUCAUGUCAUGAAAGAGGUUCAGAAGUUCUUCACGCCUGAGCUCCUCAACCGAAUGAGUGAGAUAGUAAUAUUUGAGCCUCUUUCGUACGAACAAAUGAAAGAGGUUGCAAAAAUCCAGAUUAAGAACGUUGUUGCUACAGUAGCAAAGAAGGGCAUAUCUCUGUCUGCAAGUGAUGACGUGUUGGACGUCAUCCUAUCAGAGCCACACAAUCCGAUGUAUGGUGCAAGACCUAUAAGAAGGUGGGUGCAAAAGAACGUGAUGAUGGUGCUGUCUGAGAUGCUAGUCAGAGGCGAGGUCAGCGAGGGCUCCACAAUAUGCAUCGAUGCAACGAAUGACAAGAAGGGAUUAACGUAUGAAGUGGUGAAGACGCCAGUAGUGGAACAUUCUAGCGCAUGCAUCGGGACAAUGUUAACCAUGAACUAUCUAGUGUGA